AUGACUGAGGAAACUCCCAAGGUCGAGAAUGCUUCUGCGGACCAAUAUACGUGGAAAUUUCUUGACGAGCAAGCGAUUUCCAACUGGAAGCAGACUAUUGAGAGUCUGACGUCGCGAAUAGUUCAGAAAGACAUUUCGCCGAGCGAAGUGUUCUACGAGAUUGUUGUUUGUUUGAACGACUUCAGCUCAAGAAUACCCAUCAAUAACCUAACCAAUCUUGUGAACACAAUCAUCAACACCAUUCCAAACGUGAAAGAGCGCCAGGAGCUGUCGGUGCAGUUUUUGUUGAUCUUUCAGGCUUGCAAUCCCAAACCUCAUCUCAAUGCAUUCAUUCAAGCUGUCAAGAUCGACAACCAGUUCAAAAGACAGUAUCUCGACUUUUCGAUUCUCAAAAAUGGGCUGUUUCCCGACUUUAAUAAAUGCUAUUUCAGUGACGCCAGAGUGAACGACUACGGUGUGGUCACAUACUCCUCGCUUCACGAGUCAAGCGAAGGCUACUCAAAACUGGCUGUUGAGCUCAUCAGCAUAUUUUAUCAAGAAGAUGCGCUUUGCAAGAUCACAUACUUCAACCACGUAAUUGAACGGUUGAUUGGUCAUUUUAGACUAGACAUCACUAGAUCGUUUCUGCUGAUGCUGAGUAUAUUUGCAUUUUACCUUGACGAAAACGAAGAGCUUAUUUUACAGGUCAUCAAGAACAGCAUAUUUACCCCUCAGCACUCAAAGACGUUACAGCUGGUGGUGGUGUCAUUUCUCUUGAAUUCUGACACAAAAGAGAAAAUCCCUUUGGAGCUUAGGCUUAUCACUCUUCUGAUAAAGGAAGGAAUCCUUGACUUUCAUUCAAUCUACAACUCUUUACAGCCUUUGGAGUUUGAAUCUGAUGCCAAUUUUGCUAUAAAGCCAAUAGAAAACACAGAACUGGACAGCCUUCACGCCCAAUAUAAUGACGAGCUGAAGGAGAAUGCUUUCAAAGCUACGGCUUCUGCUCUGGCCCUCGCGGCUCCACUGGUUCUGGAUGACGAUGAUGAUAAUGAUGACGAUACAGGUGAAUCCUCUAAAACAACCAGGGCCGAAGAGGCGCCUGUUGCUACUGAGAAAAAAGUCUCAGUCAAGGAGAAGUCACAAUACAUUGCCAAAAUCAAGUUCCUAAAAUACAUCUUGCAAUCGAAAAUGUACCAUGAAGCGCUGUUCAUUUUGGUCCAACACCCAUUUCUGCCACUGAUAGAUGAAGAAGUCUGCAAUUUGGUCAAUGACCUGGCCAACGACAUUAUAACUCCAUACUACAAAAAAAUCGGUAUCACAGGAAUUGGAAAACCAGGACCAGACACUUGCUUGAGGCUGGUGGAAUCUUUCGAAGACCUUGUCAAAUUUUGUCAUCAGUUUCUCUGUUUCAAUGGCGUGAAGGUGGCCAAGGAUUCGGUUUUGUUCACGAAGCUCGUUCGUAUCUUGCGAUAUCAGCUACAGACUGGAGCGGACCGUGACCAGAUAUUACAGCUUUACCGCAAGUUUAUUUUCCCAGCCCUUUCGUUCGCCAAUAACGCUUCUGUUGUGAACGAAGCCUUUUCGAUCCUGCUCGACUUCUACCAGCUGGAAACCCGUUACAACUUGUAUGGCGAAUACCAGAACGUGAUCGCCAAAAACGAUCUGGAGAUCAAGCAGAAUUUUGAUAUUGCAGAGAAGAAAACAAAGGAUAUCCUCAAGAGACUUUCCACGGCAAAUGGAGAAGUGCUCAUGCGCCAAUUGACGAGGAUUGCAUUUGGUAACCCCUUGGCCGUCACUUCGACUUUUGUCAACCAUAUCGAGAGUUAUAGCAGCUUGAGUGAUUUAAUUGUGGAGGCAUCAAAAUAUUUCGGUGCUUUUGUUUGGGAUUCUCUUACCUUUCAGCUAUGCAACAAGCUCAACUCAAACAGACAGGCGAUGCAGGAAGAUGGGCUAAAUUAUAUGCAAUGGAUUCAAAACUUGUCGUCGUUUGUGGGUAAGUUGGCCAAAAAUAGACCUGAGCAGUUCCAACUGGGCCCAAUCCUGACUCUAAUCACCAAAAGUCUCAACAAUGGAUCAACCGACUUGAUCAUUCUGGUCAAUGAGAUUGUCGGAUCUAUGAGUGGUGUUCAGCAUAUCAACAAUUUGACAUCCAGACAGAUAUUCUUGCUCAACGCAGAAACAAGUCUUCAAAAGCUUGUUUAUAUGGUGAUCCAGGACAGGAGAGCAGAAUCGUUUGCAAGCUCUCGGAAAUUAUUGGAUAAUAUGGUGAGUCUGGACAUUCUGGCGGAAUUAUUUAUCCUCCUUGUCAAUCUCCCGGAUAAAACGGUCGACUCUGUCCAAGCUCCGCUGAAAAUCCUGAACCGUCGCUGUGACGAGCUCAAUUCCUUGAUUCACACCUUCACGACCAUGGUCGACGAAAGUCUUCCCACAAACGUCUUCAAGGAGAAAAUGAUAUCUUUGGACACUCUUAUCAAACGGUUUCUUGUUCGUCCUGUUUGGGCUUUUCAGAUCUGGAGACGGCAUUUGAGCAGACAGCUGAAAGCAAAUCCGGACUACAUUGAUGAGCUCGAAGCAAUUUUGUGUGCUGUAUUGCCACUUGAUUGGGAUGCUGUGAGCGCCAGUUUUUACGCGGACUUUUGGCAAUUAUCGCUCUACGAUAUCUGCUAUGAAAAGAUUUCUUAUGGAGAGGAAUCGGCAAGCAUCAAAUCGAAAAUAAGCACUCUGAACAAAAAGCUUUCUCUGUCUCGCAAGGAUAAAGACAUUCCAAAGAAAGAAUUGCAAAGACUUGAGCACGAACUUAGUCAACUGCAUCAAAUUUCAGUCCGUGUGAGAUAUGAUGCAACAAAACACGAAAAUAAUUACCAGGCCACAAUUUCUCGUAUCAAGAAUAAAAAAGAUCAAUGGUUCAAAGAUGUGUCAGACGAGGAAACGGUUUCGAAAAGUACCAGACAGAUCUUAGAACACUGCUUCCUACCAAGAAUGGUUCAUUCUCCUUUCGAUGCGGUUUACUGUGCAGAGUUCUUGUUCCUUGCUCAUUCGCUGAACACUUACGGCUUUUCGCUGGUUUAUGUGCUAAAUGAGCUCUUCACCUGCAACUUCCUCCAGCCUACGCUCUUCACUAGUACCACCUUAGAGAUAGAGAAUUUGGGGAUUUUCUAUUUGCAUGUCCUGAAAGAACUCAAUGCAUGGAGGGAGGACGCCAAAUUGUAUGAUAGCAAGGCCCUGGGAAAGGAAGGAGACUCAGAUCCUUUGCUCGCAGGUUUGCAAGUGCCUGGUGGAGAGCAUUUGCAGUUUGAAGAGUUUAGGAAGACACUCUUUAAUUGGCACAAAUCUUUACAGAAACAAAUCAUUGCAUCAUUGGAUUCUGAGCAAUAUACUACGCGGAACAACGCGAUCAUCUUUCUCAAAAACCUUCUUGGAGAAUUUCCUGUGGUUGCAGACCAUUCUGAGGUUUUGACUCGCAAACUUGCGUCCAUAUAUUCGUCAGACUCUAGGGAGGAUAUCAAACUGGCUUCUAAUGCGCUGUUUGUCUUGAUCUCGUCCAAAAAGGCCUCAUGUGUUCAGACCUGGGAGUUUUACGAAAUGGACCCGGAGGAAAAAGAGAAGCUGAUGAAAAAGAGAGAGGAACGGCUGGCCGCGGAGCGCGCCCGCAAGGCUGAGCUAGAAAUGCAGGAGAGGGAGAAGAGAGAGGCCGAACGCAAGGAACGCGAGAAGGCAACGCCCACUGCAAGGCCGUAUGGUCUAGUGGGCCUGGAGAAAAAAGUGAAGCACGAAAAACCAGAGCAAACACAAGCAGUUGUCGAGAAUCCUGAAGAGACCAACAAAAAUGGUGGCACUGAGGACAAAAUGGAAGGAAUUGAAUCCGAAAAAGAGCAGCCUAUGGAAGAAAAGCCUGUUGAAGAAAAACCAAAGGAAGCUUCAGAGCCACCGAAACAGACCGAGACUAAGAGUAAACCUCCCUCGAGGUCGCCUACUCCUGCUAUUCCACUGGGACCUCAGAGCACCACUAACAAAGCCAGCACGCCGACUGGUCCGUCCAGCACAAGCUCGUCGGCCCUCCGAGCUCGCUUGGAGGAAGAAAAACGGCUUCUGAUGCAGCGGCAAGCGUCUAGUGCUGCCAGCUCUUCGCCAAACUCGUCGUCUGCGUCUCCGUUGCCUCCCCCACCUCUCCCUCCUCCUUCGAAUCCUCCCGGACACAACUACAAGGGCAGUCGCGACUAUAGACCUAGAGAAUUUUCGACGCACAGACAACCGAACAAUAGCGGCUCACAAGCUAUGCCAGAACAUGAAUACGAUCGAGCAUCAGGUCGUAAAAGACGAUACGAGUCCCAGGCUCACGAAAAGAAUAAGCGUCAGCACUACUAA